AAAAAUAGGUUAACUCAUCACAACAAUAGCUGUCACUUUGACGUUUUAACUUGAAUUGUACACAAUCCAAAAAUAACUUUUUAAAGAUUUUCGUUGCGGUCGUCGUCACCUUAAUAAUCGCGGUUAAUCCUCGAGUUCGCAUCGAAAAUAAAUCGUGAGGAAAACGUGAAGUGUUUUAUCUUUUAUGAGAUAACAUAUGCGAACGGUCGGAGGCUGAAAAGAUCAGCUGUUUCUUCUCAAUAAUGGCCCAAGAGGUCCCAACUUUAUAUACAUUGGCUGUACAAGCUGCUGUUAAUGAUUGCUCAAAUUGUAAGUUUUGCAAAAAAGCUUUUCGAGAGCUUCCUGAUAAUGCCCUAUUUGAUUUUUAUGAAAGGAUGUUUGUGGAGAAGAGGCUUUGUAUUCUUGUCAACGAGUUUAAUAACUUGGAUAUACUCCAACGAAUGUUAAGGAUGAGACAUAAAAGGAGGAGUUUAUUGAAAAAUUUUCAAAUGUUAAUAGAUCACUGUCCUGGAAUGAUCAAUAAUAUUGUUACAUGUUACCAAAAAUUAGCUUCUGGGUUAGCAAAAGACUCCCUUUUUGAUCGAGUUAAAUGUAUCCAAUUUGGAUUGAGGGUGGGGACGUUUUUUAAAGAAGGGGGAUGGUUUUUUGGAUCUCUUUAUGUGUUAAACAUCGUCGAUGAACUUUGCAAAUCAACAGAAAAAUCAACUAACAUCUCUUUGUUGUUAUUAAAUUGUUUGUACAUAAGACUCUAUGUUGAAAGUUAUUAUUCUUUAACAAACACUCAAUCUACUUUUGAUGAGAUCAUGGGUAUUUUGGAGGAUUUAAAAUCGAGUAAUAACUUACCAAAUUUAGCUGGAAUGUAUGGAGUUUUUGCAGCUAUGUAUUUUCAGAAAAGCGAGUAUGAUCAGGCUUAUAUUUGGUCGAGAAAAGCAGUCCAAAAUUUAAAUAAAGAUGUCCCAAAACGAGUAAUAAUCGAUAUUUUACGUUUUGCUUCAAAAUCGUGUAUUGUAAAGCGCCAAUUACGCCAAGCUGAAUUGUUAAUAAAACAAGCGAUGAGUUUAUCGAGUAAAAUGUUUGAAAUCGAUGGUCAUCCUCGUCACUCUGAUGUCCUAAUGGACUACGGUUUUUAUUUAUUAAACUCCGAUUGUAUAACAGCGAGUGUAACUCAUUAUCGUAAAGCGUUAAACAUUAGAAAAGAAAUCUUUGAAAAAAACAAUAUUUUAGUAGCAAUAGCUUACGAUGAUUUAUCUUACGCCCAAUACGUUUACGAAUACAGCUCUGGAAACUUUUACAACCCCCGAGAUAACGUUGAAAGAGCAAUUCGAAUCAUGGAAAAAUUGUUACCAAACGAUCACAUCUUGUUGGCUUCAGCCAAAAAGGUGAAAGCGUUAAUUUUAGAGGAGAUUGCGUUGGAUAUGCGACAAUCAAACAGUUACGGACAUCAAAGGGAAUAUUUAGCCGAAGCUGAAGAAUUACAUAAAUCGGCGUUAGAAAUUUGGCAAAAAUCUUUCGGUGAAUACAACGUUCAAACUGCAAAACAUUACGGGAAUUUAGGCCGAUUGUAUCAAACGAUGAUGUUAUUUCAAGAAGCCGAAGAAAUGCAUUUAAAAGCGAUCGAAAUUAAAGAGAAAUUAUUAGGUCCGGAUGAUUUCGAGGUCGGUUUAAGCAUCGGUCAUUUAGCUUCGUUAUAUAAUUAUCACAUGAAACGAUAUUCCGAUGCGGAAAAAUUAUAUUUACGUUCGAUAAAUAUUAGUUUGAAUUUAUUCGGGCCAACUUAUUCGGGUUUAGAAUACGAUUAUAGAGGAAUUAUACACGUUUAUACAGAACUAGAAGACUACGAUAAUAUGGCGAAAUAUUCGGCGUUGAUGUUGAGGUGGAGCGAGUAUCGAAAGGAUGGAGAAAUAAUUAGUUAUCCCGAUGUACCUGAUGAACUGGAUGAUUUGAUAAAGGGUUUCUUUAAUUUGGAAAUUGAACAUUCUGAGGAAAAAAACGAAAUAAGAUUAAAUCUUAAUUAAUCGAUUAGUUUUGCGCUUACACAUAUUAUUGUUUUAUUAUUUGGCAUUUAUUUUCAUUUGUAUUUGUUAAUUAUCUUUAUUAUUA